AUGUCAGCCGUUGAACACGAACACCAAGGAUAUAUAUGGGCACACCGUCCAUCAUAUAGAAAUUUGAGGCCUUAUGAGUAUUUGUCUGGAGAAGCGGACACGCUUUGUUUGUUGCCGUCAUCGAUGCGAGUUCUUUGCGCAGUCCUCUGCGCUUUGCUCAUCUGCUCCUUAUCUGCGGCUGUAUUUAACAGUCUUCAUGGAAACGCACAAGGAUCAGCCAGUUACUGCAAGCGACCAGAAGAACCAUUCAGGCCAGAAGUUUUAUGCCCUCAAGAAUCGAUGUUCUUCUACUAUACCUGCUGUGCAUCACGGACAGAUGCUGGCAAAGUGGUGUGCUGCGAUCAGAUUCGCAUUUGGUUACUGAUCGCCAUUGUUUGUGUCUCGGCAUCGUGCAUUCUCGCGUUAUUCUACUCCAUCUACCAUUACUGCUGUAUUUGCGACAAAGAAAGUCACAUAAUGAAUGCCACUGCUCUGUGA